AGAGCAAUCUGUGACCAGGCAAUCAAUUUCUCGUCGGCGCGCGCCACUUUUAUGGAAAUCGAUCCGCGAGCAUAUGGAGGCGAAUAUAACGCCGUGACACUACCUCUUAUCGAUUGGUCAUACCUUAAUGUUUCAGGCCAACGUGUAGUUUGAUAUCAACCUCUUUAAUUUGAUUCAGAUUGUCGUAGGAUUAUUAUCGCACAAAAUGGGCACGUAAUGGACAAGGAUAGUUUUGCCCGAAUCAAUUUGUGGAGAGUUAUAGUUACCAGUUAUAAGAAGCAACAGACACGAGGCGUGGUAGGGCGUGGUGGUCGCCCGCGGUUACCAGUGCGUGAAGAUUAAAGUUGCUAUACCGUGCUUUUCAAAGAAAGAACGAAAUGGUGGCGACAUCGGAGGACCGAUCUGAGGUUACGCCUCUGGAUCCAAAAGAUGAGCUUAAGAAACCAACAGACGAGAUCGAACCCCUCUCAAAGACGGGGGUAUUUGUACUCAACUUGUCAUGGUAUGGUCUUAACCUCGUCUUCCUCAUCAUGUCAGUCGAGGUGGUCCCUGCGCAAGUUCAAUCAAUGGUAGGGGCAAGUUCCAAAGGACGGUGGCUAGGCGGAAUGGUCGCUGGUGGUGCAGUUUUGACAUUCCUGGCCGGACCAUUGGUUGGUAUGAAGAGUGAUAGAUUGACCUGCAAGUACGGAAAGCGGCGGCCCAUCAUGGUCGUGGCAAUGCUAUUUCUAUGUUGUGGGAUGGCUGGUAUGGCAUUGAGCGCACCAAAUGUCUUCUUCACGCACUUAGACAGUGAUAAAAGCGCAUGUACAAUGAAUACAAGUUUAGUGGAACAAAGGUGUCGACCAUAUAACACUCCUGCCCUGGUACUCAAUCAUAGUAGCCCGAAGCAGCAGGCCAUGCCCAUACUGACCAAGCAAGAUACCUCACAUAUACCGGACAAUAGCACAUCGAUGAUUGACGACAAUAGGAAUAUACUGGGUCUGUAUAUAUUCUUCUACUUGAUCGUGAUGGCGAGCUUCGUUAGUCUGACAGUGCCAUACUGCGCUUUAAUCGCGGACAAAUCUCAUCCCGCUCAGCGAGGUCUCAACUCCGGAGUUAUGGGUGCUAUGAUACUCUUCGGCAACAUAUCUGGUGCGGCUCUUGGGUUAUUUUUCAUGGAUCUCGGUGUUCCUACGUUAUAUGCCGUGAUAGUGACGAUAGGGGUCAUCUGCGUGCUUAUAACAGUCUUCUUCACACAUGAGGAGCCAGCCAAAGAUACACACGACCCAUGUAGUGCAAAAGAGUUAUUCUUUGGUUUCUGGGAACCUUUAAAAGAGCACGAUUUCCGAUGGGUAUUUCUCACGAGAUUUUUAAUGCAGCAGGGUCUGUCAACAACAAUCGGGUUUAUGGAAUUUUGGUUAUCAGACAUGGUGCCUUUACCAAACUGUUGGACUCCGGCCAGGGGUGUGGCCAUGUUGCUUCUACCUUUACUUCUGAUGGCUGCUCUAUCGUCUAUAAUCUGUGGGUUAUUAUCAGACAGAAUCGGGAGACGAAAACCACUUGUGUUAGUCUCUGCGCUGGUGAUGUGUGCGGCAAGUGCUGUAUUAGCCUUCCUGAGAGGAGGUUCCGCAUUCUACAUAGCUCUUGCCAUGACCUUCUUUUUUGGGGCUGGGUUCGGUAGCUAUCAAGCAGUCGAUUUUGCUUUAGUCAUGGAUGUCCUUCCCGAAGAAAAAGAGAAGGGAAAAGAUAUUGCCGUCUGGCACCAGGCACUGGUCUUGCCACAAGCCUUGGCCACACCCAUAGGAGGGAUCCUUUUGGACCUUUUCGAACGCGUCAACUGUGAGAUCGGACUUGGCUACAUUAUGGUUUUCUUGGUCACAUCAGUUUAUUUCCUCUUGAGUGGGUUGUUCGUCUUGAAAAUCAGAGGGGUACGGUAAAAGGAGAAAAGCAGUAGUGGAGCUGAGGGUGGGUGCGGAGCGGUGAUCUGCACGGCGAUAUCUGCUAAGUAUUACAACUAUGGUCACUAGAGAACCAGUAGAGUGACAAAAUGGUCUAACGACCAUUGGUGGCAUUCGUACGGUAGACGGCAAAACGGUGCCACGAACCCGGGCUGGGUCCAAGACCAGUUCAUGGGAUUAGCUGGUGAUUGAAGAAGGUCGGGACUCUGGAUUGCACCGAAAACGCAAGAUGGCAACAUUCACCAUUUUGUAAAUUGAGGUGAAGUCUCGGGCAAAUUACUCCCUUCUGAAUGGUUUACGGUUGAGAUGUGCGAUGGCUAGAGGUAUGCAGAAGUGAACGAACAGUGUUAUGGGACUUUUCAUUUAGAACUGAAAAACUUGCAGUUGCAGUUUUACAGUUUCUGAGAGAUAGGGCUACUGUUAGCACGGAUUUACCGUGCUGCUGUUAUAUAGUAACGGUCGUUUUAGUCUGUUGGUCGGCCUACUUUUAGUUAUCCUAUGUUUUAAUAUAAUAUUUUAGUCAUUGUUUAGUUGUCUUAUGGUCGUUUGUGAUGUAGUUAGAAAAUGAGACCUAUCUUGAUCUGCCAACGGGCAAUAAUAUGAUCUCCUGAAAGGGGGACUAUAGGUCAGGAGCUAGGAAUCAAACAGGUUAUCUUCAGGGGAAUAAUAUACCACAUCCUCAAAAAAUUAAGUCUGUUUGAAGCCCAUCGGAAAACGACCAGGCCGGAGGAUAAAAGUGUCGAGAAGAAACUGUGGGGAACGGCGGAAGACCUAAAGGCUGCGGCCCCAUUCGUGGCAUCCACCGACCUAAGAAUUUGUGAUGUCUUCGAGGGCUAAGAGGAAUAAAGGGAGAAUGUUUGAUUCAGCAUUUGAUCUCUUAUUGCACUAGCGGGAAUAGUUUCGUUGUCCGAAACCCCUGUUGGCGACUUCGUGCCUGGCUCCUGCCUAUAGAUACCCUUUCACUAAUUCUUGGAAUGAAUCCAACCGGCAUGUUAGAUAGAUAUUGUUACUACUUGAUCGGCUUCCCGGUUCAAAAAUAUAAUAUUACAUGUAGAUUCGUUUCAUUUCUUACUAUACGAAAACCCAUCUUUAUUUUAGUUGUGAUGUAAUAAAGUGCCAUAUAAUCUCCGGAAAAGGAUUCUCAUCGUUCCAUAGACAUCCUGAUGUGGCCAUAUCAAUAAUUAUUCUUUCGAGUGUUUAGGAAACGGGUCGAACGAUGUCAUUAGUCAAAUCGUGACACUUGGGUGGGCAUUAAGCAGUGUUUGCACUGACUGAUGUAAUGGCGCCUGUUCAAACUUAUUAACUUGGGGUUUUGAAACUUUCUUGGGCAACAUUAAGUAAACGCCGAUACGAGGCCAGUGAUAUAUCAUACAUGUACUUUGAAGUAUAAACCCUGUUGGAAAUCAGUUCAUGAUAUAUAUAGCUGUCUUGAUACGUAAGUGCAUGUCCCCUGUUGUAGAAUCACUUCAUGUCUGUCAUUAUAUCAAUUAACUGUAAAUUGAAGACAUGAUUCUUCUCCAUGCCAUGUGAAAGCAAUGUUCGUUGACUUGUCUUUGCGACUUAAGAGGGAUGAUGGUUAUGAAACACCUGGUUACAAUGUACCACUGCAGCUUACAGUGUAUAAUGCACUGUGUCUCGUUUUGGCGGCGGCGGUUAUGGUUAGGAGGUUAAGAUCACUUAUCAAUGUCUAGUAUUGAAUUAAAGGUGGUUUAGAAUACCGUAUUGAUUGUUUUACCAAACACUGCUGGGGUAAAGCAGUCAUUUAGCCCAAAACCUCGGCAGUUGCCUGGCUGGUGGUGUUUGGUGAGUCAGCCAGUACCUCCACUUCGGUAUCAAUUCCUUAAAUAUAAUGUAGUGAGCCCCCGAUCUAACCGUGACCUAUGCGCGUCCAAGACACAAUGAAAAGGCAUGGUGUUUAUGGGUGCUGAAAUGUAGUAUCAGUUGUGUAAGAGUGAGUCAAAUCGUACAUCAUAUCAUGAUAGUAAAAGUGUCAAUAUUUUGAAAUCGUUGUGAUUUUAUACAAGUUAACCAGUGUAAAGAGUAAGACAUAGUAAACUUAUUUUUGUGAUGGCGUAUGGCAAUAAAUUUGGCUAUUAGAUAAA